AUGGUCGUUGAGAGUCUUUUAGUUUUUUUGUUUUUCCAAAUCCUUCGCAAACUAACCAUGAGUGGAACUGGUCGAUCUCGUCGUAAGGUUCGAGGAGUUAGUCCUGAUGCCAGCCGACACCAAAAAGGUUAUUCAAUUAAAUAUCAGGAAGCAGAACCUGUCGAGAAUGAGGAAUAUAGUAUAUCAUCCAAGAAGUCCAAAAAUCGUAGUAGAAAGAAAAAAUCUCGUGGGAGAGUUGCCGACCCAAACAAGUUCAGUAGCGACGACACGGAUAACAAUAGUUACCGAGAUGAUGGCCCUAAUGUCUCCUCAGAUGAACUUGAAAAAACCCCUCGCAGUCUACGAAUGCAACUUUUGCAAUCUCGAAUGACAGAAGGCAAUGUUUCCGGGCCUAAACAGAAGAAAUCAAAGAAGUCAAGCCAUAAUGAAAAGAAGUUUAUAGAUUCUGCAAGGAGCAGUACAAAAGGAAAGAAAUCGAGACAAAAAGAUGAAUAUGACUUUUGCUAUGAUGAGGCGGUUAGUGUAAACUCUAGUGAUGAAACAGAAAGUACACCUGCACGUCAUUUCAACAACGAUCAAACAAAUUCCAAGACUAGUCCUAUCACUUUGAAACUGUCCAAGCUCGAUUCCAAGAAAUGGUCACGCAAGACUGAAUCAAAAAGCAAGAGUGCAUUUUCUAAAAGCAAGAAUCAAAGUGAACAGUCAAUCACCGAUGCUGACGACUCUGAUAUGGUUUCAUUAUCUUCAGAGAAGUGCUGGAAGAGUGAAACACCUAAUCAACCUCUUGGGAGUCCUUCAUGCAAAUCAGAUGCCUCAUCUGAUGAUACAAUAGAGAACAACCCUGUGCCUAAUAUGGAAUUGGCUCAACAGGAAUACAGCAGUACUGACGAAGAAGAGACCAAAAGUUGUGAUAAACCUGUCCGUAGUAAGUUAAAGGAUACAACCGUUUCUUUGGGUAAGUAUGAUUCCGACCAAAAGUGGAAGGUCCAAUCUUCGGAUGGUGCUGCUGUCAAACUCACCUGUAAAAAGUCCAGUACAGGUGUAAUGUCUGUUCACAAAGAAGAAAAACCCUCUGUAUAUAGUCCCUCCAAAUCUCAUGGCUCAAGUUCUGUUGGUGGUACCACUCAGAAAAACUAUGAUGCUGUUUCAAGUGGUGAAAGCACGGAGAUUGAGGAGUAUAAUGACAUCACUGUUGUCCGUGCAGACAACAGUCCUCUGCACCAACCAGUACCAGCCAGUAAAACUGAGGACAAACAUGAAGAUGAAUUUUUCAGAGUGGGUAAUCGAAAAGCUGAAAAACUCAGGGGUGGGGAUACAGCAUCUGGGGAAGGUCUAAAAAACCCCUCAACUCCAAAUGUAGAAAAAUUAGCUCGUCGAGGUGGAGAUGAUAGACCAGCCUCUCAAAGAGUUAGCGCGAACGUGGAACUGGCAACACGAAGAGCUGAAGAGUCUAACCAGUCACAGCCUUCAUCUGUGCAGAAACGAAAACCCGGUCGGCCAAGAAAAGUCACACAAAAUAUACAACCACCCACCCCUGAUAAUGAUGAAGAAUUCAGCACCCCAGCCCCGAAAGACGUGGCUGAGACAGAUGGGGGUUCCUCAAAGAGAGCCAGGAAGAAACCAUCUAUGUUUCAUAACUAUGAAGUGGCUACACCACGUCGUAAGCAAAAAUCGCCACGUCGGAUUAUCCUGAAUGUUGAACAGAGCAGUAUGUAUGAUGCAGAGAUGGAUGCGAAUUAUGAUGAGUCUGAGUUAUCUCCCCAUGAAGAGAAUGAGGACAACAAAGAGGACACAUUGGCAAAGAUACAAAUGAAAAAACAGGAGCCUACUCAGCAAUGUCCAAGAUGUGAUGCAAUGCUUGGAAGUCAAACUUCACUAAAAUAUCACUUAAUGAGUGUGCAUCAAGUAUUGUGGACCAAAGAGUGUCCAAUGGGAAGUACAGACAACAAAGCUCUUAAAUUUAUCAUGAAAAAGAUGGGAAAGUUGAACUGUCCAAAAUGUGGAAAAGAAGUAAGGAAUUUCCAGUACUAUAAUUUUCACAUUGAAUGGUGUGGAAGAGAGGAUGAAGUUGCUGAAUGUCCUGUGUGUCAUAAGAAUCAGCGCCUUAUGUACAUGGCCAGCCAUGUCAAUUUGCAUAAGCGGAAGGAGCGAAUAGAACUUGAACGCCAGAAAUUGGUGCAGAGGGAAUCUGGUACUCAGAAGUCUCAGAGAAAGAGAAAAGCAGCAGAAAAAGCAAUUGGUUCACUUCAUGAAAUGAGUCAGGAGCUGUUCAGCACUGAUGAGAUGGGAGACCACAAACAGCCAAAGAAGGCAAGACAUUUGCAAUCUGUUGAUUACUUGGAAAGCAAUAGAAAAGAUAAAGAAGAUGAUGAUAACUUCAACUAUGAAGAAUUUGAUGAAGGAUUCAAACAUGUCCCUAGCCAUAGUGAAACACAUGUGUCUACUCCAAGGUCAUCAGGUGGUGCCUCAAUGUGGCCAAGUAAAGAUGAAGAUUUAUUUGAAUGCUGUUUGCAAUUUCACACAAAACAAGAAGUACUUUGUCCUGCAUUUGAUGAAUUCUUACCAACCAGGGAUAUGUUUUAUCAUUUAACGAAUGAGGAAAUUGAUUUAUGCCUGCCUGUAAUCCGCAAGAGUAUAGACUUUACUGUGGAUUUGUUGGGCAGGGAAGUACAUAUGUCACUGGGAUUAUUUGGUUCUGCUGUUUGUGGUGAUAGUCUGAAUUUUUUCACUGGUGGUCCAGUGUGGUGUGCUGUGUGGUGUCCCAUUCCCACCACAGAGGGCGUCAAUGCUGAUCAGUACAUGGCUGUUUAUUCUCAUAAACAUAUGGAUGAAACAAAUGUUGUCAAAAAGGCCUUUACCAAGACAACUGUCAUUCAGAUUUGGAAUUGUGGACCACUGAAUGCAUUUUCUGAGAAAUUAUUUCUUCCACAUCUUGCCUUUGGCAUAGUACAUGAUUUUGGGUGUGUAUUCAGCAUGGCAUGGUGUCCUUUUGGUGCCUGGCAAUCCUCUUCACAACCUGUUUACCAGGAGGAAGUUCUGCACCGACUUGGCCUCUUAGCAGCUGCUUGCUCCGAUGGAAGUGUCAGAAUAUUCAGUGUUCCCUAUGCAUCAGAUUUGCUUGAAAAAGACCAAUGUGUUGGUACCUACCAGUUUUAUAGAGUUAAGCCGUCCAUAAGCUUGAUACCUUUACCUGACCAGUCAGGAAGUGCUGGCAGUUGUUGCUUGUGUGUUGACUGGCAGCAUGGAGAGGAACGUAGAUACAUUGUGGCUGGUUAUGCAGAUGGAGCUACAAGACUUUGGGAUUUAAAAACACAAUCUCCACUGCUGAGAACGAGCAUAAGCAUGGACAUGUCUGAUGUGUUCCUCUACCCAAUCCGUUGUUUUAAGAGUCACUUAAGUGAGGUACGAGCUGUAUGUUGGUCGCAGACUGUCCAUGACACAUUUGCAACUUGUGGAGCUGAUCGUGAUGUGAAAUUCUGGAAGAGUUCUGAUACUAGCUUCCCAUUCUGCUGUGAAAAAUUCUGCCAAUGUAUGAAUGCUAGAUGGGUUCAGCCAUGGAAUGGUGUUGUUGUGGCACAGGACGAUGCCUUUUGCUUCGAUCAUUGUUGUGCUUAUUAUCAAGAUGCUGGUUACUGUUUGCCUGAUUUAUAUGGACGACGUUCUGUUAUGUGGCAUAAUGCAUGCAUUUGGGAUGUGACGCAUUCAAGCUGGUUAAAUGUGGCAGUCACAUGUGAUAGUACAGGAACGUUAAUGUUGUUCAAAUGUAUGAACCUUUGGAGAGGAAACAAGUCAAAGAAAUUAAUGUAUCGAAGACAUCUUCUCUAUGAGACAGAAGUCAUCCCCACAAAUGUCACAGAGGGGGUAAAACCUGAUGUUUCUGCUCUGCUUGACCCCAGAACAUAUGAUGAAAUUGUUUCAAAAUGUCAGUUGACAUAUAAAGAUAAGAAAAUGGAUGUCAUCAAAGCAGAUGUGAAAUUUGGUUCUGGUAAAAAUCUUCCUCGAGAAAGAGUUGGAUCCUACCCUCUACCUGCCCUCUAUAAGGUGAAUUUCAACCCAAAUUUUGGUAGUUGUUCCUGGCUCCUAUCUGCAGGUCAGGCAGGUUUGGUUAGGCUGCACAAUCUUUCAGGGUUGUUUAGUGCCAACCAGCGACGCAUAUGGACAUCUCAAAUAAACAGAUGA